ACGGGCCGGGAAUUCCGCGAGCAUGGCGGCGUCUAGACGUCUUCACAAUGUAAUGCGUUAUGACUUUGGCAUGGGUGGAUUCUUGUUCCGUAGUAACAUCUUUCGUUGCUGCCGUCAUCGGUAGUACUAGCGCGGUGUUCUGGUGCACUAUGCGUACGCGCAUUUGGGGUGGAUGGGAGGUACUUUGCUUUGUUUCUUACUCACGACCUCAGUCGUUACCUCUAUUCGGGGUGCAGAUACCCGGUGCAGAGACGGAUUGGCAUGCAAUCAGCCAGAGAGCAAUAGGAAUGAUUGUACUUGAUCUCCUCUCCUGGUUUUCUCAUCUCUUACUCUUACCUGCAAAUUAUUCCUACUAAUCUCUCGAUGGCUGCAAAGUAAUGUUCUGCACUGACGGGAUAUGUAGAUGGUAAGAAUGGUAAUGGCUAGAAAAUGCUGAUGCUAUACUUGCCCCAACCCCCUAGAUAGGCACGCUAAUAUGCACUCAUAUAAAACGCUAACAG